AUGGCUUUCACAGACGACAACGAGCCACUAUUAGGACGCCCACAGAUGGCACCGCAGCAAGUGAAGAUGUUCAACGCUGGCAUCAUGGAUGGCGCUGGCUAUGGAGCAAUGUGGGGAUUUGCGCCCAAGGAGACAGAUGAGGCGGAGGAGGUCCGUCAGCUUGCUUCGUCAGUACCGCAAUCCAGACGAAAGCGAGUAAUCAUCGUCGGAGCCGGCGUUUCAGGAAUUCAACAGGCAAGCGUCUUGUUGAAGGAGGGUAUCCUCAAGCACGAGGGUAUGCAACUGUUUGACGCCCUCGACGACUUCGGUGGAGUAUGGGCCAAAAACACCUAUCCUGGCUGUGCCUGUGACGUCCCAGCCCUGAGCUAUACUACAAGUUACCACAUCUGCAAAACCUUUACACACUUCUAUGCCACCCAGAGUCAAAUCCAGGACUAUUACACAGAAUUCGCCCACUUGUACAAACUGAAAGAGUGUACUACCUUUUCAGCUUUCGUCAAAUCCUGUACUUGGGACGAUGAGUUGUUCGUUUGGCACGUGCUAAUACAGCAUAAGUCUGGUCGCCUCGAGCAUUGGGUUGCCGACGUGGUUUGUCAAUGUGUUGGAUCCCUUGAUCGCCCAAAAUGGGGCAACACGCCUAGCCGAGAGAAUUUCAAAGGUCUUUCCUGGCACACUGCACAUUGGCGACACGAUGUCGAUCUCACUGCGCUCAAAGUCGGCAUUGUGGGAUGCGGCCCAAGUGCAGCACAGAUUAUCCCAGAGAUCAUCGACAAGGUCAAGCAUCUGACGGUCUAUAUGCGAACGCCUCCAGUAUGUGUACCAAGGAAUAAUUUUAAGUAUUCAUGGCUUUUCCGAUUCUGUCUCAAGUAUGUUCCGUGGUUCGCCUGGAUUGUGAGGCAGAGAAUGAACCUGAGGAUGAUGAUGUACGGAAAGGAGACAGCCAGGAAUAAUUCACCCCAGAACGAUGCCAUGAACAGGAUGGCAGUUUCGUUCAUGGAAUCUCAAGUCGAAGACCCGAAACUGCGCCAAAUAUUGCGACCCACUGCCAAAUAUUACUGCAAGCGGCCUCUUCGGCUUGACAACUUCUACAGCUCGCUUGCAAAGCCAAACUGUACAGUCACUCGGGAGAAACUUGUACGAUACACGGAAAGUGGAGUAGUGUCUGCUGAUCAAAAUGACAGCACUGAGACGGAGAGGAAGUUUGACGUGAUCAUCUUGGGAACAGGGUUCAACGUUGCUCAGUUUCUAGAGCACGAAAAGAUUAAAGGAACUGGAGGCAUUGACCUACAGGAGAAAUGGAAAGAGCAUCCGGAGGCCUUGUACGGAGUUGCCACGUCCAAAUUCCCCAACAUGUUCAUGUGCUUUGGGCCCAACUCGGCGACUGUUUGGUCGUCACAGCAAGACAAUUGGGAACUGCAAGCACGAUUCGCAGCAAACGCCAUCCGGGAAAUCAUCCAGCGCGAAAAACGAGGAAUGAAGCUCGCAAUGUAUCCUGAUCGCGACCGUGAGCGAGCUUACAACGACGAGGUCCAACGCCAACAGGCGGGAAUUGUGUGGGCCCAAAGCGACUGUGUGACGUACUACAAGAACGAUGCUGGGUGGAUCACGUACACAAUGCCCUGGUCGUUCCCCAAGUUCUGGUGGAUGCUCAGGAAGAUCAGGUGGAAUGAAUGGGUCACUGUCGAAAAGAGUCUGAAUGGCCUUCGACAUGGAAACGUAACAGCCCUAGCCAACGGCCACGAAAACUUCGGAAAUGGGCGGGUGUCGGUUUGA